UCCUAUCUGCGAAGAACGCUGGAGAGAGCUUUCCUUCUUCCGUCUGUUACACGGGGUCAUUGUCAUCAGGAAUUGCAUUUCUCCAGCCCCUUUCCUUCUGAGGCACACCUUGGCCCACUGCGCCCCUUUCUCUUCCCACUCCUUCCAACCCACACCCUUUCCAGAUAUCCCAAAGAUAACAAAACGGAGAGGGGGGGAGAGGGAGAAAAAGGGAAGCCGAAAGAAAAAAGAACUGUUUGGAACUCUGAAGGAUAUAGCAUCCCUCAAAGGUUGGGCUGUUGUUUGGGGGCUCAUCCCAGGCACCUUUCUCUGUGGCCCGGGGUGUGCGUUUUGGUCCCGGCGUGAUUUGAAAGAAGAUGGAGGUUCAGCGAAGCAGAAAGGAGGUCUUGGAAUAUGUGAGGCCCGUUCCAGAUGGCAGGGGGCAGAUGGCCUGUCGGAGCCGGAGGGCAUCUCUCUGAAGCGGGUCGCUGUGGUGGAAGAUUUCUUUGACAUCAUCUACUCGAUGCAUGUGGAGAACUCAGCCGAGCCAGGCAAAGCCCCCAAGCACGCUGGGCAGAAGAAAACCUACCGAGCGAUCGCCGAGACCUAUGCCUUCCUCCCGAGAGAGGCGGUGACCCGGUUCCUCAUGAGCUGCACCGAGUGCCAGAAGAGGAUGCACUUCAAUUCCAACGGCCUGGAGCCCAAAGAAAAUGAGCCUCCAUCUCCUCUGGUCUCCGGGAUUAUUGAUUACAACAUGCCCCUCACCUCCACGUACCUGAAGCAGAUGAAGCUGCGGGUGAUGAAUUCCCAGGAGCAGGAUGAGACCUCUGUGAGCAGCGAAGACUUUGAUAUGAACGACUCCACAUGGAUGUCAGCUGACCCACACCUGGCCUCCAGCCUGAGUCCCAGCCAGGACGGGAGGAUGCGGAGCCCACAGAACCUCCACAGCCAAGAGGAUGACGACUCCUCCUCUGAGAGUGGCAGUGGCAAUGGCUCCUCCACCCUGAACCCCUCCACGUCGAGCAGCACACAGGGCGACCCCGCCUUUCCCGAGAUGAACGGCAACGGCACUGUCGCCCCCAUGGACUUCACCGCCGCCGCCGAGGACCAGCCCAUCAACCUGUGCGACAAGCUCCCGCCGGGCCCGGCGCUCGGCACCCCCUCCUACCCCUCGGAUAGCUGCAGCACAGACGGGCUGCGGAGCCGUGUCAAGUAUGGGGUGAAGACCACCCCCGAGUCCCCCCCCUACAGCUCUGGCAGCUACGAUUCUAUCAAGACUGAGGUCAGUGGCUGCCCUGAGGACCUGACGGUGGGCCGGGCCCCCACAGCGGAUGAUGACGACGACGACCAUGAUGACCAUGAGGACAAUGACAAGAUGAAUGACUCCGAGGGCAUGGACCCUGAGCGUCUCAAGGCCUUCAACAUGUUCGUGCGUCUCUUUGUGGAUGAGAAUCUGGACCGCAUGGUGCCCAUCUCCAAGCAGCCCAAGGAGAAGAUCCAGGCCAUCAUCGAGUCCUGCAGCCGGCAGUUCCCCGAAUUCCAGGAGCGAGCCCGCAAGCGCAUCCGCACGUACCUCAAGUCCUGCCGCCGCAUGAAGAAGAACGGCAUGGAAAUGACCAGACCCACGCCUCCCCACCUGACCUCGGCCAUGGCUGAGAACAUCCUGGCCGCUGCCUGUGAGAGCGAGACGAGGAAAGCGGCCAAAAGGAUGCGCCUGGAGAUCUACCAGUCCUCACAGGACGAGCCCAUAGCCCUGGACAAGCAGCACUCCCGGGACUCCGCAGCCAUCACCCACUCCACCUACUCACUGCCAGCCUCCUCCUACUCCCAGGACCCUGUGUACGUCAACGGUGGCCUCAACUACAGUUACCGCGGCUACGGGUCCUUGAGCAGCAACCUGCAGCCCCCCGCCUCCCUCCAAACAGGAAAUCACAGUAACGGGCCCACGGACCUCAGCAUGAAAGGCGGGGCCUCCACCACCUCCACCACACCCACGCCCACGCCCUCCAGCAACAGCACCAGCAGGACCAUGCCCACCGCCCAGCUCAGCCCCACGGAGAUCAGUGCCGUGCGGCAGCUCAUCGCCGGCUACCGGGAGUCUGCUGCCUUCCUGCUGCGCUCCGCAGAUGAACUGGAAAACCUCAUUUUACAGCAGAACUGACCCCACCGCACCUGGAGUGCACUACCCCAGGGAAGAGGCUGUCCCGGCCCAGACCCGGCCUCCUGCCUCACCAGUUGGUACAUUUUGUUUUAUGAAAGAGGUGGGAUCCAAAAGAGCUGUUUCUAGCCACACUCCAAGCACCUAAGACUUUUGGGCACAAGGACACUUUUUUUUUUUUUUUUUUGGAAUCUCACCACACGGGUGCUCUGACCUGCUUGGAAGAGGCCAAUGGGGCAGCUCUGCAAGGGUUGGGGCUCCCCCAACAAGGCGCUGGGGCUGCAGCUCUAUUUAGAAUCACCUUCGUGGACCCUGAUGUUAGAAUCCCACCCCCAGAUAAUUACCUUUCAAGUCUUAGGUGAGCAGAAUUGCAUAUUUAUUGAGAAAAACAAAGUGGACCCUUUCUUCCUCUCCCCUUAGUAAUUUAUUUUUCUGAAAAUGGAUUCUUUUGUGUUUGUACAGAUUGCCAGUCUGUGUCUGUCUGAUCAGAAGGAUGUGUCCCCGUACCUAACAUUCCAUAUCACUACACUGACACGGGCCGGGGGCUGGCGGGGGUGGGCCGGGGGCUCAAUGCACCCUGGGGAAGGCCACCACCCUCAGCCAGGCCAUCCUGUUGCAGGUCCCAGUGCUGCCACAGGGACACUGCCAGGCACCUCCACAGGGACCACCGAGCGGGAGGAUCUCAUCCACACCUACUGCAAAGCAAAACAAAAAAAAGGCACCCCCACCCCAGUCUACAGAAGUCCCAGUCACAUGGUCACCUGUAUUCUACCUCACACUCCAGCGUGGGCUUUUUCCAGGAUGUGCCCUGAGCCUGUUUCUGAACGGCUGUCACCCCAACUCCCCCCCCAACAGUGUCUGCCUGGGAGGUAAGUCCAGACUGGGUGUCCAGAAGCUGGACCCCAGAGAGGGUCUGUCCCUCAUAACCAGCAGCUUGCAGUGCCCUGGCCCUCCAGCUGCCUGACAGGACAGAGUGCUGGGAGGUGGCAGCCAGGCCACAGGGCCCUUGCCCUCAAUCUGCUGCCGGGGCCAUGUCUGAGCAUCAGUGCAUAGUCUGGGGCCUCAGACAGGUACCGAGAAGGGCUGGUUCUUCGGAGGGAGCCCCAGCUGUCAGGCAGCUAUGAGCGCCAUGGCCAAUUGAGCUCCCAUCCCCUCGCCCGUGGUUGGAGUAAGGGAUCAGUGGAAGUGGAGAAGCCACUUGGGUUCUCCUAGGACCAGCCCUCCUCCUGGAAGGGUCAGUCCUGGAAGAAACCCAUAAUCCCUGGAGUGUGAAAAAGGGCAAAAGGAGAAAGCUGGCCUGGUUCCUUCCUCCCUGAUAGGCACUUCCUCUUGCUCAGUGCAAUACCUACCAGUGCUGCUAAAACCAGGGACUCGCCCAGACCUCAGCAGGCCCCCGGGGCCUCUCCAUGCAACACUCCGUAGCCAUGACGGCAGCUCUCUGCUGCACGCCCCUGCCCAGAGCUGGCAGAAGCCCUCUGUUGCCUUUCCUCCCUCAGAGCAAAGAGGCCCAGGGGAGCCAGGGCUGAGUGGACCCCAGGAUGGCCACAAAAACCACCCCUCCCCGAGCCAGCUUUCCUGCAGCCAACUGCCUGUGACUGCCCUUAGGAGGGGCAGGCUGGGGCGCCAGUGUAGAUGCCCUGUUCUGCCUCGGAGCCGCAGAUGCUGGAGAAAGGAAAGCGUCCCUCCCGUGCUUACUCCCAGCCCUGGAGGUUGGGAGUGGUCGUCUUUUUCUCGAGUGGCCUCCAACACCCCACCUCUGCCUUCCAUCUGACCGAUUCCCAGGCCUCUGGUCAGGGCCAGGACAUCCGAGACUCCCCCUUCAGCAUAGCACAAACUCCAGUGCCCAAGGCCUCCCGCACCCCAGCUGUCCACGCGGCCAGUCCCUACAUGCGCAGUACUACGAACGUUGGAAUUUGUGUAAAUAUUUGUGUGUGAACAAUGACGAAGUAAUCAGAUCUUUGACAAAAUCUUACCCCAGGCAAUUUGUGAAAAUGUUGAAAACUGGCAGAGACAAUCGUGGCCCUAGAAUUCCUGAUAUCAAUCGUUUAACAUGGCAUUUUCCCUCCCAGAGGCAGAAUCCGAGCUAGACACAAGGGAGUGCAUUCCUUGGCAGGCAAGAGCGAGCCCCUGGGGCAGGGGCUCUCCCAACGCUCAGAUCCUUCCUUAGCCCUGAAGCUCAGCACCAGCCCGGUCAGCUGUUCUGGGCCAGGCUCACGCUGUGGCGGCUGACCGCUCGGCCUGCCUUAGCACUGCGGGCAGAGCAUCAGUUUGAGGAGUUUUCUAGACAAAGGAAAGAAACACCAGUGGUAAAAGGUGCCUCUCGGGGGGCUCCUUCCCAGUGAAGUGGCACCUGAAGCCCCGAAGGCAACAGGAUGGGAAGUUACUGCGUGGAAACAGUCUUCCACCAGCUAGUUCAGUCAGGGAGCCUGUCCUAUUUAACUUUUGUUUUUAAAGAUGUAGCUUCAGCCCCUUCCCCCUUCUCCUUCCUGUCUUGGAGAGCAAAGGGCUGGUUCGGAUGAGCUGGGCUCACCGCUGUCCCACUCUUACCUGAGGGGACUGCCUUCUCCCAAAGGGAGCUUCCAAUGCCCUGCCCCACAGCCAUGUACUAACCUUCCGGAGAAUCUAUGGGCGCAAAGGAAUCAUUUGGGACACCAAAUUAAAAACAGAAUAAAAGAGUAGGAGCCACCAAUUCAAGUCUGUGCAGGGGCAAAGCCCACGAGCAGGGUAGAGUCACAGAAGUGGGCAUUUGGUCUUUGGGGUGGGCCAUCUGGUAGACCACGGGGAGUGCAUGCAGCCCACGGGAGAGCCCUAUUACCAUCACCACUUGUACAAACAGAGCUUAUUCCCCAGGACAGUGUUGAGGGGGAGGGGCACAGGUGGGGUCAGGAGGGUUUUGGAGGAUCUCAGCCAGGUGGAACCCAUCCAUCUCUAUCCCCAAGGGCCACUUACAACUCCAGGGGUGGUUAUAGGAUUAACUACCAGUUCAUUUUCAAAAUGCUGCUUUGAACUCAGAGGGUUGAUACUUUUAAUUUGUAAUUUUUUGUAAAACUUUUUACAAGAUAGUAAAGUAUUUCACCAGAAUACCCGUUUCAAUCCGUCCAUGGUCUGAUUUUUAUAUAAUUUAGUGGUGCUUUAGAAACUUUGUUUUUGUUGUUUCUGAGCUAAAUAUAGCUCAAUCCUUUUUCGCCUGUAUCUACCUAAGACCAAUGUGAACCUUUGUAUUUUUGCUCCUAAUUUUGGACUCAGUGAAAGUGUACUGUUUACAUGUACAGAUGCCCCCUGUCCCUGUGUGUUCUGCAAGACUCGCUCUUGAGGAGGAAGAUGCACCUCACUAAGCUCAUCUGCUUAGCAAAGCCACAAAACAAAAACCUCUCACUUUUUAUCUAUGUUUCCACCUAAAAAUAGAAACAACAAAAAAAAACCCCAUCCGUAUCAUAUAGAACUCAGUUUUGCUGAAAAACUCCCUGCCUGAUAGAUGGCCCCUGUGCCUCUAUCACGUGGUCCAUUAGGAGCAGGAGUAAGAACAGACUUCCCACUGGCCACUGGUGGGUGACUGCAGGGGCAGAUGAGAAAGUGGAGCAGCACCCUGCCAGAGCUGUGGGAUGAUGCAGUUCUCCCGCCAGCCUGGGGGUGGGAAGGUCAAGAUGACCUUGUGGCUUUCAGGAUUUAGGGACAACUCCAGACGUUGUCGAUCCUCUGGCAUAAUUGAGACAUGUUUUUGGAAGAGCAUGAGCUCCUUAUCUGAGAUGUUAGGACUCAGCACAGGUGUGGAUUGAGGAGUCCUCCAGGAUUCCUCUGGGGACAGCUGGUUUGAGAGGCGCCACCUCUGGGGAGGGCAAGCAUAUGGCACUUAAGGCAAACUGGAUGGCACCAACUUUUCAAGGUGACUCUUUAUUAAUCAGUGGCUUCACCUCUAAAUUAUAUUUUUACAGAUAUGCACCUAUGCAACUUAAUGUGGCUCUUCUACGCAGGUGAGGACUUCCUCCUCAAUGCUCUCUAUAAAAAUUAUUUGUGUUCUAUAUAGUGAGUUUUUCCUGUAAAUGUGGCUUAAUAUUUUAAUUCUUAGAAUGUGUCUUCUCUACGUGAUGCGACUAAAUUCUGUUUUGUUUGUGGAAUGACUAGCACAGGCCGACUCCCUCUCCCUCACUUAACAGAAGACCAACGAGCUGUUAAUCGAGCUGUUAUCUCCAUGGUAUUACUUGCUAAAUGCACUGAUUUCAUAAGUACGUGGAAUCCCUUUCCUUUGGAAUCUGUAUAUCAUAUAUAAGACUGAAUCUACUUAAUAAACACUGAACGACAAACUGCACACGUGGGUCCCACUGUGUCCUCUCAGCGGCAGCACUGCCGGCCAGUCUCGUCCUUCCGGGUCUGUGGUUCCCGUCACCUUCCUACUGGCAGACUGCACCUUUCUCUGGCCAGCACUCUGGGGCGCAGAGGGUCCUCCGUAAGUUCUCUGGAACAAAUCAGCCUGUGGCUUCAGCACCUCGCCCAUCAGAAAGGAGGGACACCAGCCUUCCCUGGGUGCCGGUCAGGUGCCAAGCACAGGCGGAGAAGAGCUCCCCAUGCACCUAUUUCGAUCUUGGUGCCUGUCCUCACCUGGCAGGAGAAUAAGCAGAGGUGCGUGGGGUAUAUGCCUUGCCUGCAUCCAGUGAGCAGCCACGCAAGGACUUACAGCUGCCGGAGGGCCAAACGCGUGCCCCGUUACCUCACCCUAGCGUGUGGCUGUGGCCAACAGACUGAAAGCAAAUUGUAAGGAGCCCUUGGUGGCUAGUUUGGGAACCUGAACAACCCUGACCCUUGGUUCUGAACCUACAGUACAUGCCAUAAUCCACGCAAACUCCUGAAUCCCACCUUGAAGGAAAUAAGAGGGCCAUUUUCCCAAAAGACGCUCAACUGUGAACAGAUUUUUUUUUUCAUUUUAUCAUUUUUUGAUUUAGUUAAGCUUUACAGAAAAUUUACAAGAAUGUGGCUGGGAACAACCUGAUUAUAAGUGUAAAAACAAUUUUGUGUGUUAAAAUUGUGUGUAUGCAUACACCUAUAUGGCAGUUGUCAUUAAAACUUUUUAUGGGACCGGCAAGUGGUGUAGUGGUUA